ACAAACUAUGGGAGAGCUUUUAUUCUUUAGUUUUUUAGUUUUUUAUAAUUAAAAAUAUCUUUAACUAUUAACGAAUGUAAAAUGGUAAGCUGCGCAGUCGCUAAUUGCAAAAAUACUUCAGUUAAAAUUACGAAACACACAAACGGGAUUACGUUUCACAGGUUUCCUCGUGAUAAAAAGCGUCGCCGGCAAUGGGAAGUGGCCGUGGACCGGGAGAACUGGUCGGCCACGGCCUCGAGCGCAGUGUGUUCAGAACAUUUUGAUGCGAAAGACUUCUAUGUGACCGACUCCGGGCUGCGUCGGCUGUCGGUUGAGGCGGUGCCUGUUAUUAAUAUUUCUAUAUGCCAACCAAGAGCUCAAACGGUAACAGAACUACAGCCAGCAGAUAUCAGUCCCGCAGAUUCUGAAGAAGUUAUCAAACUAAAGUACAAACUACGAAGACUAGAAAUAGUUUCUUCUAACAGAAAACGGAGAAUCUAUGAGCUGUCAAAGAGUAAUCAAAAAUUUAAAAAGAAAUUACAACAAAUGAAUACUGUUAUCAAACAUUUAAUACAGAAUAAGAAACAAACAGAAAUAAUAGGUACAGAGCAAACUACUAGUCAAGAUUUAGAAAAUAUUGACAUACGGAACAUGGAUUACGUAGAAUGUUGAUAUGUCUUGUGAAUUGGAAAAGUGAGGUAAAUAUUUUGCUCAUUAUUGCCAAAUUGUGAUCUACAAAUACAAAUUGUGUUGUAAGUUACGGAAAGUUUCUAAAAAGUUGAAAUUUUUCGGAA